AUGCGUGGCCUAAACUGUUUUGUUUUCCAGGAAACUAUUGGAGUGUUCAAGCCAAAAAACGAGGAACCGUACGGCCACCUGAACCCCAAAUGGCUUAAAUGGAUGCAUCGCCUAUUGUGCCCUUGCUGUUUCGGCCGCAGCUGUCUGCUGCCGAAUCAGGGGUACCUAUCAGAAGCUGCUUCGUCAGUGGUCGACCAAAAGCUCCAACUGAACAUCGUGCCGAAAACGAAGGUGGUUCGCCUUGCCGCUCCUACGUUCAAUUAUUCGCGGUUCGAUCGAGCCAAGGCUCAGACCAAGCAACGUAUCAUGGACAAGUACCCGCAGAUCGGCAGGCGAUUCCACCGCAUUGGUCUACCGUUGAAAAUCGGCUCUUUCCAGCUGUUCGUCAAGGAUUAUAAGGAUGCCAACUAUUGGAUAAAUCAACUGGAGCAGGAAGACGUCCCGGACGUAACCAAAAAGGAGUUCCAGCUGCAGUUUGAACGCCUAGUCAUUCUCGAUUACAUCAUUCGAAACACUGACCGCGGCAGCGACAACUGGCUCAUCAAGUACGAACGGAGCGACGUCGAACAUGGAGACGCGAACCAAGAAUGGUCCAGUGUGAAGAUGCCCUCGAUUAAGAUCGCCGCCAUCGACAACGGUCUUGCGUUCCCGUUCAAACACCCGGAUGAGUGGAGAGCGUACCCGUUUCAUUGGGCAUGGCUAAAACAAGCCCGUACGCCUUUCAGCGAUGAGACACGUGCUUUCAUUCUGCCACGUGCAGAGGACUUGGACUUUGUUAUGGAGCUGUGCGAUGAACUCAGAAAGCUAUUUGAAGUAAGAUGA